UUCCCCCCUCUCCCUUUCCCUUUCCCCUCUCUCCCAUUCCCUUUCACCAGAUGGGAACAACUGAGAGAGAACUCUAGGUCUAGGGUGGGAGUGGGGGGGGGGGGGGGUUGGGGGGAGAUUGAGAAACGGCGGGGGCGGGACCAAGGCGGGGCUGAGGGAGGGACAGCUCCAGCGGUGAAAGGAGCUGGGCUCCUGGGCAGUCUCCAAGUCUCGAAAGAGGAGCCGGGAUGUAGUGGACCGGACAGACUCUGGGCCAGCUGGGAGCUAGCGGUUUGGGGAGGGAGGGAGAGAUUUGUCCGCCCCGUCUGGCCCCGAGACUGAGCCUUUGAGAAGAGGCCCCGGGACUCUUGCGUCCAGACGGUCCCCGUGGGCGCCCCUACCCCGAUCCGGGGGUGUCCGGUAGGGGGAGGGGCGGGGAGACGAUGGGCCGGGGAGUCCGGCGGGCAUCCUGGUGCUGCCAGGGUCCCCCCCGGUGACUAGGGCAGGCGGCUGGCCCAUGGAGGGCCCCGGUAGAGCCUGCUUCUUUUCCACGCUGCUCCCCGGCCGCGCAUGGAGAACUUCAAGAAGGUGCGCACGGAAGAGGCGGACACUGAGGCGGAGAGCCUCGGGCCCUUCGCCGAUCUGGCCCCCGGAGCCGUGGAGAUGAAGGUGAAGGAGGGCAGUAAGAUCCGCAACUUGCUGGGCUUCGCCGCGGCGCGCAUGGAGCAGCCGGCCACUCGCACCAUAGUGUUCAGCGGCUGUGGCCGCGCCGUCACCAAGACUGUCACCUGCGUGGAAAUUCUCAAGCGGCGGCUGGCCGGCCUGCACCAGGUCACCCGGCUGCGCUACCGGAGCUUACGGGAGGUGUGGGAGAGCCGCCCGCCGCCCCCCGGCUGCCCGGGCCCCAGCCUCAGCGUGCACAAGAACGUGCCCGCCGUCUCCAUUCUGCUCUCCAAGGACGCCCUGGACCCCGGGCAGCCCGGCUACCAGCCCCCAGAGCCCCGGCCCGACGCGCAGAUCUGGGCGCCGGCGCUGGCGCCAGCGCCGCCUGCUGCCCCCGGACUGAAGAGGGGCCCCGGCUCGCCCGCGGCCGAGGAGAGGGCGAGUAAGAGGCUGCAGGGCCGCGAAAGGCCGGGUGCAGAGGGGGAGGGGAGCUGGGACGGAGCCGGCUGAGAACUCUUUGCUGCGGGAGUCACCCUUCUCCUUAAGAUCAGCACGGUGGGCAGGCUCCCCUUUCCUCAAACGCAGUUUUUCUGACUCGACCCUCAUCACUGUCCUUUCUCGGACCAUGCCCCGGAAUGACCCUGCACUAUCAGUCGCCUCUCCCUGAAAAGAGAGAGAAAAGCUCUGCGUUUGGAGUGGACCCCUUUCCCCUUCGCCGUCCUAAAUGCGAUCUUCAGAGUGUUGAAAACCAAUUAGCGGAGCCUCGAAACAGCCGCUGCCAGCCUGGAAGCCUGCCUUUAGUCCCUCUGACUUCAGUUCCAGCCUCCCUGCUUCCCGCUCCCUUCUCCGGUGGACCCGCUGGAGUGUCCUGCCGAAAUGCGUGGAAGAUGCCCACCUUGGGAAAGACACCCUAGUCUCCUGGCGGGGAAAUGGGAUCUGGCCAUCAGGUGUGGGUUCUGCCCCCCCCCCCCCCCCCUCCACGGAGCCAUUCCUACUUCAGACCUAGGUGGGGAAGGGGAAGGGGGAGGGAAGGGCGUUGUUGCAGGAGUGGUUCUUGUGAAGGUAGAACAGGAAUUCUUGAGAAUCCCGAAGAUAGUUGAGGACAUUUCUUCUGUCCCAGGCUGUGUCCCCAUUUGUGUCUGAUCUCGGGGCUGGACUUCGGGCCACCCAACUGACACUCCCAACCCCACCCGACACUUAAUUCUGUUUCCCGAUACAGUCUCCCUAGACUCAGAAAGCUCCACAAAUCAAUGGGAGAUGAAUUCCUGAGAGGUUCCAAGAGAGAUCUCUUAGUCUGGAUUCUCUGUGUGGGUCUUUUGGGGAGUUAAAGGUAAGGUAGUGAGGGAGAGAGGGGAGAACCGGAGAUCAGGACACACGGAAAGGAUGCAUAGAAGAAAUCUGACAGGAAGCCUGACACAUUGGAGGGGAGAAAGGGAUCAUUCCCCACAUCCAUACUUUACUUUCUUUAUAGUCUGUUUCCUUUGUAAAGAGAUCCUGAAAUCACACCAUAGGUUUGGAAGGAGAAGAGAGUUCUUUCUAACCCUAGAUUCAGGAUAGGGGAUGAGGGUGGGGGUGGGAGAGAAGAGCAGGAUGAAUGAGUAUUAACUCUAAUGAAGAGCCAUCGAUUGAGGGAAGGUUAGGUUAGGUAAAAGGUGGGGUGUUAUGCAGGCUCCCAGGAUCUCCAAGUUUUGCCCAUCCCUAAAAGGAAAAGGCAAUCCCCUAACCCAACGCAUAUCAUGUCAAAGGAAGAGUUUAUAAAGAGAAACCUAGAAAUCAGAUUUUUUUGGGGGGGUGGGGGGUCUCUUUUUCCUGACUAGUCCUGAAGUUGGUGAAAAUCCUUGCUUCAUGCAGCAAGUCCCUAAAAAGCUGAGCUGGGAGACACUGAGCUUUGAGAGAGACAUUAGGAGGGAGGGAAGAAGGGGGUGGGGGGAGGAUGGGUAGGCAGUUAGAGGAGCUGGGCCCUGAGAAUAAUGUGUGGUAUGGCUGGCUGCAGUAACACCUUCAUCUGGGAGCCCCUUCAAUCACCCCAGAGAGACACUGUCAGUGUUAUUAAUGGUAGCUCCAGUGACUUGUGGCUCCUAGCUCCUUUGGAAUAAAACACAUAAACAAGAAGAUAGGGGUGUUUGCUCUGGGAUGAUUUUUCUCGCCCCCCUCCUUCCUUCUCAUCUUUCACAGGGUGUUACCCCCAUCUCCAAGCCUCGGGAAGUAGAUAAAAGGGAGAUCUGCCUCUCGGGCAUAGUAUUCUUUCUGGGGGGAAGCCUUGCAGACUUGGAGGCUUAGUGAAUUGGUGUAUCCUGCUGCCUUUUAAAACAAGGAUUUCUGCCUCUACUUCCAAGAAAGGUGAUGACUGGUCCAGGCUGGGGGUAGAGGGAGGGUACUUGUGAGAGAUGCUUGGUAAAGAAGCCUAAGGGAUAAUCCUGCUUCCCAUCCAGUUCUGAACACCUGCCCCUCCCUAGUUGUCCAAUGCAGAAGGCACUGAGUGCCUGAACAAAAAUUAAAUGGCAACCAAAGCCUAUUCUAGAUGUCUCACAAAUUCUCUGGAUUUUGCUUCCAGUGUCUUCCCUACCCCCAUUCCCAAUGUUAGUAACUGAAGGGCUGAACUUGGAAAUGAAAAUAGUUCACCCCUAGGAGGGAAGAGAAGUCAGAGCAAUAGCUCUAGCAAGCUUCUGGUUCUCCCCUCACUCAUCCCCCCAAUCCACUCUACCCCGAACCUCUACGAUUCUUCCCAUUCCUUGUUAAGUAAGUCCCUGGAAGGCCUAAAACAGCCUCCCUGAAGUCAGACUCCCAGCCUCUUCUGAAAAGGGCUUCUUUUGUUUUGUUCUCCUUCCCUUUCCCCUAGGGAUCAAGGUAUCCUUUGGAUCCUCCAUUUCCCUUGCAGACCAACAAGACCAGCCUCCUGCCUCUGUAUUCACACAAAGCCUUCUCUCUGGUGGAACUAGAGAAAAUAUCUUGCCCAGCCUCCACCCUUAAAUCCUGCCUCAAACCCCUUUGUGCCCAGAAGGGCCGAGGACUACGUCUGGAUGAAGGGAGGGGGAGGGAACAAGCCCAAACUCACUGCUGGAAAUUAAUAUUCAAUUACAGAAGCUUCGGAGAAAGCCAAGGAAUCAGUGUGGGCCCCGGGCUGAUAAGUAGCUUGCCUCCAGCUUGAGAACAGCUGCCUGCUGAGAGAUAAGGAGGCUUCCUAAGCCUGUCUUUCUCCCCCUCCCCAGCCUAUUUUCUCUUCCCACUUGCACAAUUCACAUCUGUAGCUGAAAUCUGGUAUCUUCUUUACUGAGUGCUACAAUCUGAAGGGGGGGAGAACCAAAAUAAGAAAGCGGGCUUGACCGUCCCCUCCUGCCUGGUGAUUACACUCCUCACCUGAGCCUUUGGGCAUAAACUGCAGAAUUCCUGUAUCCCUUUCUAGGCAGAUCCACGGUUAUGGGAUCCUGUGUGGAAAGGAGCAGAGAUAAAGAAGGGGAGGGAGGGGGGGAGAUGGGAAGGACAUUUAUAUCUCACACAGGCUUGGGGCUGACAGAACCAGUUAAUGGAUCUCACUGCCUUGAUAGGAAAAACUGGAAAGUGACUUGCUGGCUAUGACUUGAGGGGCACUGAGAAGCCUCCUCCCCCCUUCCACUCCAAAAUGCCCUCCCCAGACAGUUUAUCAUGAGUUCUGCCUAACAUUUUCCUAUUACAGCUUACUCCCUUUGGCUCAGCAUGGGCCACCUCCUUACACUGCAGAUCCUCCUCUCCCUGCCUCAGCCCCUUCGUAAUCCAAUCCUUCCUAUUCUAGGGUAACAGAGUCUCUUCAGGAUAGGGGAGGGAGGAAGAUUGGGAUAACUUCCUUGAGGAACUGGGAAGGUGGUGGUAGAUAUUAAAUUUUUUCACUGGGUCUACCAGGGAAUAGUCCUGAACAAAAGAAAAAAAAAAAAAAAGAUAAAGGAAAAUUAUCGUCAGAUCCUCCCAACCCAGAGGUACCAUGGAUAGCAGGACUAGAGACUAUGGUGCUGAAGAACUGGAUAAAGGAGUUUGGCAUAUUUAACUUGAACUCUACAUUUCCUCCAUAAUUACUAUCUUUCAAUCAUUUGCUGUAUAUGUCAUGAGAAGCAGUAUAAGAUUUGUUCUAUUUGGUUCCAGAGAGCAGUGAGUACUAGCAGCAGGAAGAAGGAUUCAGGUUUCUAUUCCAUAUGAGUGGUUUCUAAAAAAAACCACUAUGCAAAAAAUGGAAUGGGCUACCUUAAGAGCUAGUGAUCUCCCCAAUAGUGGCGUUCUGGCAAACUCGUUUACUCCCCUAUCAGAGGAAGGUCAAAGGGAUUUCUUUGUAAGAUGGAAGGAUCUUCUUAGUAAGACAGAGAGAGUACAAUAAACAUUUAUUAAGCAUCAACUUAUAUAAGCAUAAAAAGAAAGAAUACUAACUGCAAUUCUAUAGAGGGCCUGUGUUCAAAUACUGCCUCUGACUCAUUUAAGCUGUGUGUGACUAUGAAAGUCUGAUUCCUUAUGCAACUUGAGGAGACUAAGCUAAUUAAUAAUAAUAAUACAUAAUUAUGAUUCACAAAACACUACAAAUAUUCUCCCAAGUCAGGGAGGCAAGUUUUAUUAUUAUUAUUAUUAUUCCAUCUCACAAAUGAGCAGGGCUAAAAAGCCCAAAGGAGAGCUGCUGCUGUGUGAAAAGAAGGUGAAAAGGGCUGAUCAGGGCACCCCCAGAAAUGAAGGUUCUGUAAGGAGAUCUUUACCCUCCAAAAAGAAGGAGGGGCCAUGAUUGGUCAUUGUAUGGGCUUUAAAUGGAGGUUCUGCAAAGACCUUUCCAACUUCCAAUUGAAUAGAGGCCCUCAGGACAGAGGGUGGCUGUGAAGCUGAUCUUGAAAAAUAAUAGGUAGGAUGGGGGCUGACCACCUAGCACCCAUAAUCUACAUGACUUCACAGCCUUGGUCCUAAGAUGCUCUCUGCAGCAAAAGUCCAUCCUUUCCACAUGCAUAUUGUACUGACAAUGUGUCUAUAGGCAACUAAAUGGUGGGAGAAGUGGAGGGGAGGGGGACAAACAUUUCUCAUGAUGGAAGGAGAUGAUCCAACCAGCCUGAAGCCUUUCUCUAAGUCUCUUUAGGUAUCUUUCAGUCCAUUUUCCAGAAGCUUUGCUUUCCUUCUUGACCUAUAAACUCUUUCCUUAAACUAAGGAGUCAGACCUGCCUAUUCAAAUCUGGCCUCAGAUACUUAUUGGCUUUGUGACUGAUCAAGUCUCUUAACCCUGUUUGCCUCAGUUCCUUUAUCUGUAAAACUGGAUAGCCAACCUCUCCAGUUAUCUGCCAAGAAAGUUCCAAAUGGGGACACAUAGGGCAGGACAUGACUAUAAUGAACAAUAGUGUGGCUAUGAUUUAAGAGACCUAAUGGCUGGAUAUGGAAGCAAAUAUUUAAAAACCUUCUCUUUAAUUCAACUGAAAAUAUUAAAGGAAAAAAAUUCUCAAGUCUAAAAUCUCUUCUAGAUUUAGCUAAAAGAUGGAUACUUUAUCAGCACUUAAUCAAAUCUUUCAGUAAACAAUAUCCUUUUCUAAAAUUCUUUUUCCCCCAUUCUUCUCUUGGGACUCACUCCUUUCUUUAAGGAAAAUGUCUCCUGAUACUCCACUUCUUAGCCUAGUAGCAUCUAGUGGACUUUCAUCAUGUGUACAUAAUGGCCACAUGGACUAUCCAUAUUGUUAUCUUUAGUGGCAAUGCCUCCUGGGAGCUGUAAUGCUUAGAACAUCCAGCCUGACGGUCAGAUAGCAAGUGACAGACCAUUGGCAAAUGGUUUUCAACCUCUUCUUCAAUGAAUUUUCCCUGGGAUCAUGUUGGUAGGUCUAGUUAGAACUAUUAUUGAGAAAGCUCCUACUGGAACCCAUUACCAGCUUUUCCACAAUGAGCAACUGCUCACUGGCAAGGAGAUGCCACCAAUCACAAAAGCAAUCAUCAGUCUAGCUCUGGACAGAAUUCAGGAGCUUGCUGAUCAGUGAACAGGUCUUCAAUGCAUCUCAGUUUUCCACAGCUUUAUGACUCUGAUUUCAUCUCUCUGCCAAUGGAAUAUCUGUUGAUUAUGGCAAAAGUCUAACUUGAAAUUCUUCAUUUACUUGGUCCUUCGGGUUUUCAUAAGCUGUAGUUGAUCCUGUGACAAUUUGAAAAGUUCCAAGAAAAUAAAAAUAUUACAAGGGUAAAUGUCAAAAUUAAUAAACAAAUUAAAAAG